AAUGGGUGUAAGAAUUACAUAUCGUAGAAGAACCAGCUAUAAUACAAGAUCUAAUAAAAUUAGAAAGGUCAAGACACCAGGUAUUAAAAUCCAUCUAUAUUAGGUGGUAGAGUUGUUGUUUAAUACCCAAAUAAAAAGACAAGUGCUUCAACUUGUUCCGAUUCUAAUUUGAAUGUUGUCUUAAAUGGACUCAAACGCAUCAGACCUACAAAACUUAAGUAACUUUCCAGAAGACAAAGAACAGUAUCAAGACCAUAUGGAGGAGUAUUAAGUGCUGGAGCCUUAAAAAAUCGCAUCAUCAGAGCUUUCUUAGUAGAAGAAGUGAAAAUAGUGAAACAAAUCAAAAAGUGAU